UCAAACUUAUUGAUUCAAAUAAAUUUCCCGUAUGCUUUCGUAAGUUCAAUGAAUUUUAUCAGUUCGUACGGAAAUUUCUCCUACAUGUGUAAUGUGAAUGCCAUUUAUAGUUAAAUUAUAUACUUCAGUCCUUCAUUCUGAAUGUGCAUUAUUUGAACAGGCAGUAAUAUGAGUAUACUCUUGGGAGUUUGUUUAUAGUGCCUGAGUAACGAUAUUCAUUUGUUCAGGCAUGUAUGUUUCGAAAGUGGGCGCUGAGAUAUUUUGUUUAUAUCAUCCAUCGAUUAAAUGUGUGAUUUGUUGUGCAGUGUGUUUUUCAGUUGUGACACCGGUUCGUUAUCUCCCAAUAAUGUAAAAUGAGAUUAAAACCCUUUCGUGUAAAUAAGAAAUGGAUAUUGUUAUUUUCUGUGACUAUGUGUUUCUUCGGCUAUUUCGGGCUGUUCACUCAUUUAUUUGAACGAGAUUAUAAAAGCAGCUUCAGCUACCCGUAUGAGGGUGAUAUACGACGUUUUGUAGACCAGCUUAAGAAUAACGAAACACCUGACGCUAAGCCAAUCAAUGUGUACAAUUAUAGUUUCAUUUCUGCGUGCACGAAGAAGUGUAGCACUCCAGACAAAGAAGUCCUUCGAAUAGUAUACAUUGUAAAAUCUGCACUGCCUAAUUUCCAUCGCCGAAAGGCAAUACGAGAAACGUGGGGAUUUGAAAAGAGAUUUUCUGACGUGCAAAUCAGAACAGUUUUUGUUCUUGGUGUGACUGCAGAUGAUCGAAAACUGUUACAAGAAGUUCAGAAAGAAAGCGCAAGACAUGGUGACAUUGUGCAGGCAAACUUCAUCGAUGAUUAUUUCAAUAACACUAUUAAGACAAUGAUGGGAAUCUCAUGGGCUUUCGCAUAUUGUCCCAAUGCGCAAUUCUAUUUUUUCAGUGAUGAUGACAUGUAUGUAUCAACAAAGAAUGUAUUGAGGUUUAUACGGAAUCCGGCUCACUACCCGGAAUAUUUAGAGACUCCUGUCAUUUCACUAAGGAGACGCGAAAAACGGAACGUAAUUGAAGGACUUACCUCACACGACAUGCAGUACAAUACUUCUGGUCAGAUGAUGCGACGCUUACAUCAAUUUCAAGAUUUUGAAUUGGCUGACGAUGUUGUUUUAUUUGCAGGAAUAACAACCACACUAAAUCUUCACUGCGAGCAAGUUUAAAUCUCACUAAGAAUUGCACAAUCUGGGAAACCCCUUUCCGAAGGGGAGUAUGUGAAAGGGUGUCUGAUUGAUGCUGCAGAAUUUGUGUGUCCCACGACCAUUAGCAGGUUUCAAGAAAUCAGUCUAUCCAAACAGUGACAGGAUGUAUCAGUGCUAUGGCCGGCAAUGUGCACAGGUAGCUAAUAAAUAAGGCUAAAGACUUUGUUGCUUUUUCUGUUGUGCUCGAUCAAGCAACAGAUCUUACAGAUACACCCCAGGUUGUGAUAUACAUACGAGGUGUCGAUAACGCACUUUGUGUAACAGAGGAUGUUUUCGACUUAGUACCUUUGAAAGAGACUACAACAGGUGCGGACUUACUCAAAGCUGUCGAGCAAACGAUUUAUGGUGUCAGUAUGGAGUGGAAUUGGUUAGUCUCAGUGACCACAGAUGGAGCACCAUCAAUGCAAGGCCAUCGGAGAGGACUCAUAGCACGGAUGCGCAAAAAGCUAGGGCGCACAGAUGAGACAUUGUAUGGAAUUCACUGCAUUCUGCAUCGAGCGGCGCUUUGUGCAAAAUUAGUAACGUUAGCAAACGUCAUGCAAAUUGUUGUGCGUACUGUAAACUAUCUGAAGACACAUGGGCUUACACAUCGCCAGUUUCGGCGGUUCUUGGAGGAAUUAGGAGCGGAGUACGGCGACAUAACUUGCUAUACCGAAGUUCGCUGGCUCAGUCAAGGUAAAAUACAGAUAAUAUUUUUUGAUUCACAUUUGGUCAUAGUAACAUUCUUACAUGAGAAGGGAAAAAGUGAACCUAUGUUGGAAGACCCUUGUUGGAUAUCAGACCUUACAUUUCUCGUGGACAUUACGUGUAACAUGAACAGCCUGAACGUCAGUUUGCAAGGUGAAAAUAAUUUAAUUUUUGACAUGUUGGAAAAAGUAAAUGCCUUUGAAAGGAAGCUUGCGCUUAGGGAGAGCCACUUAUUGACAGAAAACACUGCACAUUUCCCGACUCUUGGACUGGUCCAUGAAAGUGCUAGAUUUCAAGAAUACGUGUCAAUAAUUGUAAAAAUUGAGGAACAAUUUCGAGCACAAUUUGCAGAUGUUACGAGUUUGUCUCCUGUCAUUCGCCUGUUUGCUCGACCGUUCUCAUCGUCAGUUGAAGAUGCUCCGAAUGAUCUACAGACGGAACUGAUCGAAUUACAGUGCAAUACAAAACUGAAGGACAAAUUCUUUGCAGUGUGAAGUACAAAAGAAUUCUAUGAAAAUUUUCCACAACAAGAAUUUCCACGCCUGCACCGAGAAGCCGCGAGAGUUAUGUCCAUGUUCAGGUCGACAUAUGUUAGUGAAAGAUUUUACUCGGUGAUGAAAAUGAAUAAAUCAAGGUUUCAAUCAAGCAUAAGUGAUGAAAAUCUUCGCAACUGCUUGCGUUUGUCAAUGAGCUGUGCUUUUGUGCCCGAUAUUAACUAUGUCAUUUCUCACGACCAGUGAUAAACAUGCUUGGAUUUAUUCCUUUCAUAAUUAAAAAUUAUUGUUUACUAACUGUGCAUUAUUGCCUCAUUCUGCUCCAUGUUACAUUAUUAUCAGGAAAAUUGGUCAUUAAACCGAUUGUUCCAAUGUAUACUUACAUUUAGGGUUUUUUUUUAAUGUGUGAAGGGCUACGCUCAGCUGAAGUCAAUAAAACAUAAUAUUCAUCUAAUUGUCAGUUAUUAUGCAGAUUUCAGACGGAAGUUAUGAAAGAUAUAGCAGUAAUGGUAUUGAAAUAAAAGGUGAUCAUCGAGAGGUCUGCAGUUAUCAUUCUGUUCAGAGGUCAGUGAGACAGAAAUUAUGUGGGUGUAACUGAGGGCACCGAGAAUUAGUUAUAGGAAACCUUGCAUUAGUUUAAUGUUAUUUGAAAUCAUGAAUAAGGUUCAUUGGAAGCCACUACGUGCUAUCUUUCUUAACUACUAGAUCAAAAACAUUACUUGUAUUUACGUGCCGUCAGACAAGCUGCCUUAAUAAAAACCCACAGUUGUUAAUUGUAUUACUUUUCUUACUGGGUUAAACUGUUAACAUAAAAGUAGACGUCUCAAUGAGUAGACUGUGAUCGUAUUCCCAUGGUUGGCUUGCAAGCUGUGGAAAGAGCACUAGAAUGCACCAUACGGAGUAUCCCAGCAAGUGGAUAAAGCGACAUCUGUGCGUAGAGACAUGCACUACAUGAACGCUGACGGCUGCGGCGUGCAUGCUGUGACCCGGAAGGAGCACCGUACACAUGCAGAAUUUCUGGCCGGCCCUUAACUAAUCAAAACUCCCUGGAAGCAAUCAGCAGGUUUUCGUCAACGACACUGGAGCACAUUGAAUCGGACCAGAACUGACUGGGGUAGAUGUGGAGCAUUGUUGUGCCAACCAAUCUCCCCUGAAUGUGACUGUGGUGAAGAUCAGCAAACUGUACAUCACAUAACAUUUGAAUGUUCCCUCAACAUUCAAAGGGACAAUUGAAGACCUUCACAAUUUGUCUGCAGAAGCUUCUGAAGGAUGUACAAUAUGGAUU